AUGGUUCUCGUAACUGGUGCCGGUAAAGCUUUUCUAGCAUCCAAGGUUGUUCAUAUCACCCGGGCUCAAUUCGACAAUGCUUCCAAUCAAGGUUUUGCAUUCUUUUACCGCAUUAAAUAUGAAACAGAGCGUCAGAAGCCACUUUCGGUCCUGGGAAGCUAUUCUGAGAAGCCCGUCAAGUUUUUCCUUUCUAGGCGACGUGACGGAGACAUUCAGACUGCAUUUCAGAAUUUACCCAACGUCGAAAUCCAAGCAAAACAUAACGAAAGGGAUAUCCAUGCAUUUAUCAGCAAGGAGAUUAUCAAGCAUGAGAACUGGGGAGAGAUGCCUAACUCAUUGCAAGAAGAGAUUAAACAGGCUCUUUCCCGCAGCAGCGACGGAAUAUUCCAAUGGGCGAAUCUGCAGGUAAAACAGCUCCUUGAACUCACCGCCAUGGACGCCAUUAGAGACAGGCUUGGAAAACUCCCAAAGAAUCUGAGAGUCACCUACAAUGAGAUCUACGGCAAGAUACGAAAUGGACACCCACAUGACAAGGAGUUGGCGGCUCGAGCAUUCGAGUGGAGAAAAGUGUGGAAGUUUUCCCAUCUUUCGUUAGUUGAACAUCUUGAGGAGAAACAUUUCAGUCUCAAACAAGCUCAUCCCUAUGCCGCUGAAGUUUGCCUUCAAUACCUAAUUGAGACAUACAAGGAAGAUGUCAGCCACAUCCCUCAACAAUCAGAUGAGGAGUCAGAUGGAGAGUCAGAUAAACGGAGUAAUCAGUCUACCACGACGUUGAGUUUCCCCCAUCGGUUAGAGAACUACUCCAGUGGAUGCUGGGUAUAUCCCGCCUAUACGCAAAUCAAAUCGAAAGGAGAUCAUGAAUUGUCCCACUUGCUGAAGACGUUCCUUGGCUCUCCAAAGGAGAGAAGUGUGCAGUAUCGAAGCUGGCAUACUGACUCGCCUGGUUAUGUGGAUAUAUGGAUAAACGGAUUCGGCUUGGACGCUGCCUUUAAACCAGGGAUUUAUCCAGCCAAAUUUCAUGUCUUAACGAUGUGCCGUUUUUCAUCAUAUGCCCUGGUGGAAUGA